UCUCUUUCUCCGCACGCUGGCCCCCUCCCCUCUCUCUCUCCACCGGGGUACGCGGCCACCGAUCCCCCACCCCCGCGCCGCCCGAUUCGCCCCCAAUCCCCAACCCGCGCCCCCAAAUCGCCCAAUCCCCGAGCCCCCGCGCCCGAUUAGCUGCGACGGGACCGCGUCCGGUUCGAUCCGCGGCGCCGGCUCGAUCGAGCGGGGGGGACGCGCGCGCGGGUGGUCGGAUUCGGGCGAGCUAGGGGUUCGGACGGUGGCCGGCGCGGCCGCCUAGGGUUUACGCCAUGGCCGACAAGGGCUGCCUCAAGCGCCUCCAGAAGGAGUACCACGCGCUCUGCAAGGAGCCGGUGCCGCAGAUCGUGGCGCGCCCGCUGCCCAACGACAUAUUGGAGUGGCAUUUUGUACUUGAAGGAAGUAUAGCCACACCCUUUGAAGGUGGAUAUUACUAUGGGAAGCUUAAAUUUCCCUCUGAUUACCCUUUUAAACCUCCAAGUAUCAGCAUGACAACCCCCAGCGGCAGGUUUGCCCCUCACAAAAGGAUAUGCCUAUCAAUGAGUGACUUUCAUCCAGAAUCUUGGAAUCCCAUGUGGUCUGUAGCAAGCAUUCUAACAGGACUCCUCUCAUUUAUGAUGGAUGAUGCUCUUACAACUGGAAGCAUCAGAAGUACAGAUGGAGAGAAGAAGCGUUUAGCAAAGGCUUCUCUUGCUUACAACUGUGAGAGCAAAAAUUGCCCGCACUUCAGGAAACUGUUUCCUGAGUAUGUUGAGAAGUAUAACCAACAACAAGAAAAGGAGCAAACUGGCGCGGAACCAGAACCCCAGGAGAACCAUGCCCCAGCUCCUUCUCAUGCCGCCGUCCUGCAGGCGGCAGCUAUGGUGAACAAUAUAGGAAGACCAGUGGCCGAGGUCCGCGGCGAAAAGAAGCUGAAGAAGCGAGUGCCCUUUUGGCUGAUGGUGGUUAUUGUCUCUGUUUUUGGCGCGGUGAUGGCCUUGCCCCUGAUGCAACUUUGACAGUAAAAAGUCGAAUAAAGUGUGACAGUGGUGCCGUAAUUUUGUAUAGCUUUCUGUUGGUUUGUGCAACUCAAUUCUUCAUCCAUGGACUACCACCUUGGAGACAUGGUGAUGAACUCUUGUGAUGGUAAAACUGUAGAACCGUAUUCUCACUCCCUUGACGAGAAACUCUACAAGCUGCUUUAUUUGAGCUUCUUGGAACUA